AUGGGGACACAUACUCCGUUCACCCCCGGCCUCCGAGCCCCGGUUUUGCGGGCCCUCUUCACGUUUACAUAUGGCUUUCGCCAGUUCGUUCGUUCCUAUGUUACCAAUCUGACGACAAGGAAAGAGCACUGGACAUACACCGGAGUGAAGCUGUCCAACAACAGUACACACACGGAUCUGGUUGAAGUCAGACCACCUCACUGUGGAUUUGAUGGGCAGGGGCAAGAGCGUUCACUAGCACAACAGCGCGACACAGACGAAAAGAAAAGGGCAGGAGCUCGUUUGUUUUGGCUUCCCGCUCCCGAGACACUCCAUUUGUCCACAGAGCAGACCAUCACAAUAGGACGUCGGUUAGUGCAGACAAGAAGGAAGGGAGAGCAGCAUUACGACGUAAUCGUCCAGGGUGGUGGAUAUAUCGAGGACGGGGGAACAGAGGGGGGGGUGCGAGUGGUGCACGGUACAAACCACGAAUGUGCCGUACUGGCGCGCACGUUCUCGGCGCCGCGCCGGCGUAAGAAGGCCAAGCUUGCCCAAGACACGACAAGGCAGGACUAG